AUGGCAACAUAUUCAGACCAACGGUUAUCGGUUGUAGUGGUUGGCAUGGGCCAGAUGGGCCAUAGCCAUGCCCUGGCGUACCACCGCAACCCAGGUUUUCAAAUUAUUGGUCUCUAUAAUCGCAGUCCGGUCAAGAGCCUACCGGCUGAGCUCAAGGACUAUCCUUUCUUAUCGAGCUUCGAGGAGGCUCUCGCACUCAAGCCUAAUGUUGUAUCGAUCAACACGCACACGGCAACGCAUGCUGAUUAUGCCGUGGCAGCGAUGGAGUCUGGGGCCCAUGUUUUUGUAGAAAAGCCUCUAGCAACAACAGUCGAAGAUGCAGAACGUGUGGUGACCACGGCCCAGCAAACAAAUCGCAAACUCGUCAUCGGCUAUAUCCUCCGGCAUCACCCCAGCUGGAUCGAAUUCAUCCAUCGCGCUCGACAGCUCGGCCCACCGUUUGUCAUGCGGAUGAACCUGAAUCAGCGCUCUAGUGGCGACGCGUGGGCUAUUCAUAAACGUCUCCUCGAGGAUGUGAAAAAUCCGAUCGUGGACUGUGGCGUGCAUUAUGUGGAUGUGAUGUUGCAAAUUGCUGGCAGCAAGCCGGUCCAAGUACGUGGCAUGGGCCUUCGUCUCUGUGAUGAUCUUCCGUCAGCUGAACAGGUCAACUAUGGCCAUCUUCAAGUGCUGUUUGCCAAUGGAUCGGUUGGGUGGUAUGAAGCCGGAUGGGGUCCAAUGAUAUCGGAGACAGCGUACUUCGUGAAAGAUGUGAUGGGCCCACGGGGCUCAGUCUCAAUUGUGAUGGAUGAGGCAGAUAGCGGCGAUAGUGCUGGGGCCUCGGCCAAUAUAAACAGCCACACAAAGACAUCGACUCUACGCAUGAGUACUGUGGUUGACGGGCGCGCUCGAGAUCAGAUCCUAUCGAUGGAGGGUGAGCCGGACCAUUACGAGCUAUGUUCCCGGGAGCAACAGUUUCUGCUGGAUGCCAUUCGUGAGGAUCGAGAUCUCACACAACAUAUGAAUGAUGCCAUUCAAUCCUUAUCAAUUGUGCUCGCAGCAGAUCGCUCAAUGCGGGAAAACCGUGCAAUUGACCUUCUCUAG